UCGAUAGAUGCAUUGAUGCAAAUAAAAAUUGUUUAUUUUUAAAUAAUAUUAAGUUAUAGUUAUUUGUUAUGUUAGUAUUUAUGUCUUAGUGAAAAAAUGUCGGUAGAAAUCUGGAAUCUUGAAAAGGAUUUGUGUCGGUGCUGUCACACGGAAGGUUCAUUCGACAAUUUGGCCGAACCAAAAACUUAUUUAGAACGAGUCGAAAUUUAUUCCGAUAUGUUGAGAGAUUGUUUUGAUAUCGAGAUAACUCCAGUGCCCGGGGAGCUUUGUGCAAUGACAUAUAAAAUAUGCGAAGCAUGUAUAUCGAGGCUACGGUAUGCUGUAACAUUUAAAAAACAGGUCCAAGAUUGCGAGGAGAAGUUUAUGGAACUGUACUAUAAAAAUGCAAUCAAAGCUCUAAGCAAUCAACUAAGCACAAAAUCAGUUGUGAAAGAAGAACUACCGGAACCUUUUUUAAUAGAUCUCAAAGAAGAAGACAUAUCACAAAUGGAUCAUCACGAGGAAGAUGAUGAUGAUGACGACGAUGACGACUUCGAUUUAAAGGAAGACGAAGACGAACAAAAUACGGAUGACGAAAUGAUAAUAACCAACGAGCAGAAAUUAAAAACAAAAGAUAAACUGAAAGUCGAAAAGCCGAAGAUGAAACGAGGCAGGCCUCGGAAGAUCAAGGAGGAGAAACGGAAGGACACUGGGAAGGAUAAGAAAGGCGAUGAAUCGACGCGUUCGUUCCGACUGCAACCGGGCGAUUAUAGGCGGGACGGUGACAAGUACGCCUGUUGCAGGUGCGAAAAAAUUUACGACAAAAUGUGCUCACUAAGAUUCCACAUCAAGACGAAACAUUACAAGAUACCGAGGUUCACGUGCCAGUACUGCAUGAAGGGGUUCAUGACCCACGCCCCCUUCACCAUCCACAAGCUGGAAGACCAUAAUAUCGACGAGAGAUACUACUGUAAAGCGUGCAAAGGUACAUUCAACACGAAAAUUCAGCUACGGAAACAUAUAAACAAUUUCCACAUGCUCGGCGAGAGGUACCAGUGUGAUCUCUGCGACUACGAGUCGUUCAGUUUCGAGGGUAUGUACAAACAUAAGUUUAAACAUAAAACGUCCAAGGAUUAUCACUGUAGGUUCUGCAGGAAGUCGUUCUUGAGGAAGACGACGCUGGACCUCCACGAGAGGAUACACACGGGGGACAGGAGGAAGGUCUGCAAGAUCUGCAGCCAGGCGUUCGUUCAGAAGGCUAGUUUGAACUAUCACAUGACGAAAUAUCACCCCGAUGUUAACUUUUAGAUAGUGUAGAAUUGUAUUCAAAUGUUGGAGAUAUUUUUGAUCAGAAUUUUAUUAGAAAUGAUUAAGAGCGCGUGCAACUGACUCCGGAGACAUUUCAGCGUCAGAAUUUUUUGGAUUUGAAUUUAUAAAGGCCGGAAUUGCGUGUGAAUCAAGACAGACAUCACAAAAAACUUGUGUACAUAAUAUCUUUCUCACUCGGAUGAAGUUUGUCACACUGGCCAUUGCCAUACGAUGCUCACGCGAGCAGCUUGGAGGAACAAGCUUUCACUUCGAGGAGAGUUGUAAGCCCAGCAUUGGCGUUUGCAGGCUCACUGGAUAUUAUAUCAAAAAUAGACAAGAUUUGACCUUGAAAACGUUGUCUGGGUUGUUUGGUUGCAAGCGGUUUGAUUUUUUUUUUAAUAUUUAUUAUUUGGUUAGAAAGAAAAAAAGGCGCAAAUUUUGUAAUUUUUGGAUUUUUGAUAUUGUUUUA